ACCUCGCCUGAAGCCUGGCUCGCGCCCUCGCCGCCGCGCCGCGCCUCGCCGCCCGCUCUGCGUCCCGUCGUCAACACCAGCAUGGCCUCGCGCCCCGAAUCCGACGAGUCCAAGUACCUCGCGCCCGCGCUGGCCAGCAUCACGGAGUCGCUAUCGCUGCUAGGUCUGAGCCCCGAGACGCUCGCCAUCAGCGUAGGCGAGUCCCUGGCGGAACGGUAUCUGGCCACGAUCCGUGCCAAGCCACCGGCUGCGCCCCCGUUGGCGACGCCGCUGGCGCCCGCGACGUGCGCCCCACCGCGCCGCGCCGCGCCCGACCCCGCGCACCUGCAGCUCUUCUCCAACGACUUCAUGGAAUACCUGAACCAGAUCGCGUAAGCGAGCGGUGGCAAGUGACGUGAAUGGACUACUUUCUAGUGAUAUUUUUUGUUAAAUUAAGUUGGUCUUAUUGAAAUAAUUUUAUGCAUCGGUUUAGAGAGUACUAUUGAUUUUAUUAUAAUUUUAUUAUUGCACUUUGUUAUUUAAAUAAGGUAGAUGUUGAUUUUUAUCUGAAAUUAGCGGUUAGUGGCGCCAGAAAUUGCAUUUUUGUGUCAUUCAUUUCGAUUGAACCAUAUCGGGAGUUUUCCUUUUGAAGGAGAUAAAGGGGAGUUUUUUUUAUAAAUUAUUGAUUACCUUCGUUUUCAGUGAUAUCGAUCGCCCUAUCUGAUAGGGAAUUUGAGUGGAGUGUUGUUUAGUUCAAUUUAGUUUAUUAGUUAUGUUUUAUUUUAGAAAAAUUUUUAACUUUUUAACUUAAGUGUUACAAUAUUUUCGUAGGUUUCGUACGAUCCUUUAUUUCCUCCCACCAAAUGGCACUUCAACCAGGAGGUGACAUCUACUUGCGAGAGAUGCCAUCUUAGUGUAUUUACUUUAAUAUCACUUUUUUUUGUUUACAUAAUAUAAUUUGUCACUUAAUUACGGUAAAGGUUUUUAAUUGUAAGUGAUUGCUGUGUCACCAAUAAUAUGAUUAGCUUAACUAUGUAUCGGAUAUUCUAUAUUGUCUGAUACUAUUGUCUUUUUUAGCGUUUGUUUUCCUUUCAAUGGUAUUCAAUGGUUAACGGAAAUUUCGAAACAAUAAUAUGCAAAUUUUUGGAAUCGUGCCAUAUCAACAAAAAAAAAAUUGACUCCGUGAAUGAUGAUGUGUUGAAUAUUCGUUAAUCAUUGAAGUUUUGUUUAAUUUAACUUUAAUCAAUAGAAUUUACUCUUUUUUAUUACAUAAAACUUUGGCUUCGGCUGUUCUUAAGGUAAGAGAAUUUCUUAUAAUUGAACUGGUUAUGUAUUUAUUUUUAAACAUAGCGCUUUACCAUUUAUUAAACUUAUAUAGUAUAAGAGACGUGCACUUCUACUCUAUUCAUAAAUUUUAAGAAUGAAUUAGGUAAGGUUUUUGAUACAAUUUGAUACUUAUUACUUACUCGCAACGUGAUUAAAAGUGAUAAACUUCUAGUUUAGAGCGUGUUUAGGGAUAAGUGAUCAAAGUGGUGCGGAUAGGGAGGCGUUCAAACACGUUUGCAAACGUGUUGGCGGCGUGACAGAAGUCGCGUGUUAGGCAAUAAUAAUGAUAAUUCUUUGAAGACUUGACACUUUUUAGAUGAAAUUUUUUGCAUUGGUCCUAAAGAAAAAGAAUUAAAACUGCCAUUUACCAUUUUUUUACUUAAUUAAUUUAAUAAAACCUAUUCUACGGAUUUUAAAGCGAACAAUUUGAACAAAUUAAAAUAUAUACAAUCUUUUUCAAAUGCUAACAAUAUUAAUUAGAAAGUGCAAUGACCAGUGAUCAUUAAAUAAUGUUUGCAAACUGAAAUUUGUUUAAAUUAAUCUCUUUAAAAUCAGUAAAAUCAGUUUUAUUGGAAUUGUAAUUUGCGUAAAUAUAGGAAAUCAUCAUUUAAUGUCUAAGAACGGUCUAAGUUGGCACUAAGACCUCUUAGCUCUUGACUGAAUCAUAAAUUGCAUAGAUAUAACUUGACUGGUAUACAUUGAAGUUAGGAGUGUUGGAUACCAUUCGGGGCAUGCAUACCUCCUUUGUCAUAUGCUCCAUUCUUCCCCCUCUUCCUAUUUUUAGUAUACCAUUCGAAGUUAAUCACACGUCAUUCGUCAUUACGCCAUCAUCCGCAUCACUGCACCUCAUACACCAUCAUCUUUGUCAUCUGGCACUGUUUGAGUGGGCGUCGAACUGGCUAACAAUGGUUUGACUAAAUAAAAUUAAAAGAAAAUAUUUCUAUAUUAAUCACGAUCGAAUUUCAAAAGUUUAUUUAAAAAAAAUAUAAUACAACAUUUACAAAGAGAGAUUUUUGCAUAUAAUUAUAACUGUAUAUAAAAGGCAUAGAAGGUCUGUAGCUACCAUUUAACACGUAACCAUGAUGGCCAGUUCGUCAAGUGUGGUUGUAGUAACCCUUAUAAAUAUUUUUAUUAGUAUCCUUUGCUUAAAAAUAACUUUUAAGAUUGAUACUAUAACUUCGGAAUGUAGCUAUAUUAUAGCUCGGCAUACCCCUAUUGUAAAUAUGCAGUUAAUU